AUGUCUAAAUUAAGUAAAAUAUUUGAAAAUAAGAAUGAAAUAGGCUUUUGUUCUUGUGUGAUAAAACUGCAAGAAAAAGCUGUUGAAGAAAAUAAGUGUAAUGACAAAAAAAAAAAGAAAAAAAAGUUUAGAAUAUGGGUAGAUUACUUUAAAGAUAUAGUAAAAGAUGAUUUGAAAGGACUGAAUACUCCUAAGCUUUUAGAUUUAAAAAAUAACAUAGAGUUACCCAGGACUGUGUUAAAGAACAAGCAUUCUGAUGUCCUUCUAUAUAAUCCUUUUGAUUUUGAUUUUGGAAAUAUUAAGGAAAAAAAAAAAUAUAUUUCUUUGAAAAAUAAACCAAAUGUUUCAUUUCUCUGUAAGGAAAAAAAAAAAAAGUUAACUUUCGACGAUUUGGUAUGGAAUAGUAAAUUAAAAAAAUAUGUUUUUUCACAAGAGUCAAAAUAUGACAAAAAUGGUAAAAAUAUGAAGGAUAUGCAUAUAGACAACUGCGGGUUGUUUGAAAAGAGAAAUAAAUCCUGUACAGGAUUUUAUAAUAGCAAAGAAGCAGUAAGUACCCAAGGGAAUAUGCAGUUAUUGCAAUCAAAACAGAUUUAUUUGAAGGGUGGUUAUAAACGCGGGGGUUUGGGCCUAAAACUGAGUGUAGGGGAAUAUCAUAAGGGGGGUUUAAGCAAAUACGUAGGGACGCAAGCACAAACACAAACAGAAGCCCACGAAAUCAAAUGCUCAAGCGCACCUUCCUCCUACAUAAUGGGCUUACAAGAUAGCAAAAUAAAAGAAAAUAGCAAGUUUAAAAAAGAGAAUAAAAACUAUGGAAAAGAAUUUAAUAGAGGUAGUAUGGAUGUCACUUCAAAGGUUUUCUGCAAUAAUAUAGACGAGACAGCAGAAAAUAUAAAAAAAGCAAUUUUAUCUGAAUCUGCUAAACUCAAAAAUGAAAUAAUGGAACAAAAGCAUGAUAACAUUUUAAUGAUACAAGAUGAAAAAAGUUGUAGAGUUAAAAUAGUUGCUAAUAAAAAAAUUGAAAUAGGACAAGUAAUUUUCAUUGAAGAAUGCUUACUGGAAACGUCAAUUUUGAUAAAUGAUUUAUGGGAUACAUACAACAUUUUAAAUGAUGAUCAGAAGAAAAAUUUAGAUCACAUCAGCCAACUUAUGAAUAUGGGAAAAAACAGUGGGAAAAGAAAAGAUAACAAAUAUAUUUUAAGAGGAAAUAGCGAAAAAAUCAACAAUACUUAUCACAGUAUGAAUGAUGAUAGCCUCUAUAGCAACAUACAAAAUGAUCAUGGUAGAAAAAAUAGUUCAACACAUAAAAUAUUUGAAGAAGAAAUUUCACAAAAUAGGUCAUUCAAAUGGGAUGGGUAUCAAUAUGAGGAAAGGAAAAAUACUAUAGAUUUAAAAAAUAAUAUAUUUAUUAAUAACCUAAUGAAAUUCGAAGCAUUCACUGAUAUACUUAAGAAUUCUUUUAUUUCUCCUAGCGAUAAAAGCAAAAUAAUGCUUUUUAAAAAUGGCUCCUUCUUAAAUCACAGUUGUUUCCCAAAUGCAUGUUACAGUUUUAUAGAAAAAAAUAAAAUAUGUUUUUUAGCAAUGAGAACAAUAAAUAUGUAUGAUGAGAUUACUAUAUCAAUAACGAACGAGCUCUAUGCUUCAAUUGAAUACAGGAAAAGGAAAUUAAAUGAAGUUAAAAACUUUUUUUGCACAUGCAAUCGGUGUUUGCAAAUAAUAGACGAAGAAAGUAAUAUUUUAUGUUCUGUGUGCAAAUAUUCUUAUGUUAGUCGAAAAAUUAAUCAAAAGUAUGUAGCAUCAAUGAAAAAAAUUAAUGAAAAAGGGGUAGAAGACACUUUAUAUGAAUGUGGACAGCUGAAACAUGAAACAAACAGUGGACAUGUUAACUUAAAUGAUGUAAUUACCAAUUUGUGCGAUUCAAAUGACCAUUCAAAUGAUUCAUCUUUUCUGUGCAUAUUAGAUUGUCCCCAAAAAGCAGAACAUUCAAGUGAUUACUUAGCAGAUAGAAGGAAUAAAAAUACGCAGGUGCGCUGUAAUGCGAAUGGUGUAUGGGUCCACUCAGAGGACCGCGGACAUGUAUGUUCAUCUGUAGGUAGAGGCACUGCUACUCGUGCGGCAUGCUGCAACAAGUGCAAAGACAAAAUUCGUAGUUGCGCAGUGAGUCAAAAUGAAAAUUAUAAUGGGGAAAUUAGUGAGGACUUCAUAAGGCCUAGUGAGCCUUAUCAGAGUGAAAAUGAAAACAAAUUAGUGAGUAAUAGUAAUAAUAGUUAUAAUAAUAAUAAUAAUAAUAAUGGUAAUAAAAGUUAUAGUAUUAAUAAUAAUAGUCAUAGUAAUAGUAACAAUAGUCAUAGUAAUAGUAAUAAUAGUCAUAGUAAUAGUAAUAAUAGUCAUAGUAAUAGUAAUAAUAGUCAUAGUAAUAGUUAUAAGAGGGAGUUAAAAUGGGUGCCAGGUAUGCCUCCUGCAGAAUAUUCUGCAUUCUUAAGAAAUCAGCAAAUUGAUCAUCUUCAAAAAUUUAUGUUUAAAGACAUACAUAAAGCGCAAAAAGUACAUAACUUAAAAUGUAAACAAGGUAGGGAAUGUUAUGUGAACCAUAAUAAAAAAAAGAAAACAUACCUUACAUCACUUUUACCAAGCUAUGAAAUGAAUAAUGAAAAAACUCAACCAAAAGAUAUUGUAUAUAGCAAUAUAUUAUGCAACUGCUUACAUAUGCAACUGCCAAUAGGUGAUACCAAUUUUGAAAGGAAGGUAAGCAUGCCUACUAAAAGUAAAAGGUCGAAUGAUAUGAUAAAAACUGAUGUGUGUUUAGAAAAUAAUGGAAUGGAUAAAGAACUAUUAAAAAUUUUAAAUUUUGAAAAAAGUAUUAAUUUAGAUAAUAAUUUAGUUCAUUUAUUAAGUAUAAAAAAGGAAGGAGAAAAAAAAGUGGGAUACUGUAAAUUUCAUAACAGUGGGGAAUGGAUAUGUGAUACAUGCAAUGACGCAAUUCCUGAAUGCGCCAUACCAUUAGACAGUGAAAAUUAUUUCAUAAUGGAAUAUAAAAUAGUAAAAGAGAAAAUAAGCAGUAAUAAAUUUUAUUUUGAAUCUAUUAUAAAUAAAAUUGAAAAAACGUUGCUUUAUAUUGUAGCCAUUUUGGGGGAAAAGCACUGGUUAUAUGCAGCAUUUAAUUACUUAGUAGCAGACUUAUGCUUUUCUUACUACUAUAAUAGUAUUAGUAAUAAUUCCAACAAUAGGAAUAAGAUUAAUUCGUUAAAAAAGGAAUAUCUAUUAAAAAGUUUCAACUCGUUUAACAUCUUUUUGUAUUUUAUUCAAAUCAAAUGUCCACACUCAAUUCACACUGACUUGGUACCGCUAGUUUUAAAAUUUCUAAUAAUAUGUAUAUAUACAUGUAAUUAUAAAACUUACUAUAAUUUCACUAGAUCUGGUUUUCUGGAACUAAUUAAACAAAAAUACGGUUCAUGGGAUAUAACUUACCUGUCUCUGCUAUACUCAUUUAAAAUAUGCUAUCAAGAAAUUAACAAUACCAUAUCCGCAAGAAGGGAUAUCCUUUUAAUGCUAGCUGGAAUGGCCAAGACCAAUAUGCUACAAUGCCAUGUUUAG